UUGAGCUGUAAUUUGACUUUUUUUUGUAUAAAUUAAUUUUUAAAAAAUGAGAGGAGAUAUUUCUAAAGCUGACAGCAUUCCUGCUGACGCUCAAGCUGAAGCCGUUUCUGUUGAAAAGCAACAGGAGCUGUUGUUGAUGAAUAAACUUGCUUCGAGUGGUAAACUUCCUCCAAAGUCUGCUGGGUCGUUCCUUCAGAAACGGUUGCAGCAACGUAAAUUUUUUGACUCCGGUGAUUACAAUAUGAAUAAAGACAAAAAGACGACAACUGCUGUAGUUGGGCAGCAACAGCCUGUGCCCGCUACCGUUGUUUCUCAGGCACCGCCGAUAUCUGUGGCAGCGGCUCCAAAGUUGGCAGCAACAAUUGAGGAGAAUUUGCCAAAGAUUCACCAACAAGAUGAAUUAAUGCCGACUAUUCGCCCGCCUGCUGGGUCUUUUUCUGGAUGUUCAAUGGAUGCUGGAGAUGAAGAUACUGAUGAGCAUUUACAGAUUCCACGUCCAGACACUGUUCCGCAACGUAAAUCUUCUAUUCUGCAUCCAUCAGCUCAUAGCAAGUUAAGUCCUCAACCACAUAUUCAUCAUGAACAUACGGACGAGUCGCUUUCUAUGCCGCCACAAUAA